UAUGCUGCUAGCAGCUCCAGCUUCAGCUUCAGGCACCUCGCACUGGCACCAGCUCCGUCUGCGGCUGUCUCUCCAGAGGAAGAGGAGGGCUCCACCACGCCAUCAAGCCCUGGUCGUCGCCUCGGUCGGUCUGCAGCGGGAACACCGGGCCUGGUACUGCACUGUGACCUUUACGUGAGGUCUAUGUCCUAAAGGAAGGGGAUAUCGGCAAGGAGGAGAGACUUGGAGAAGACUACUUGACAGCAGCGGUCCGGAUUUUCUUUUUUUUUUCUUUUUUCUUUUUUUUUUCUUUUUUAAUUUGGUUAUAAAAACACAGCUACAGCCAAGUAGUUUUCCAGCACGCCGCAAGAACCAUGGAGGCCAUUGCCAAAUAUGACUUUAGGGCCACUGCCGAUGAUGAGCUUAGUUUCAAGCGUGGAGAAAUACUCAAAGUGUUAAAUGAAGAGUGUGAUCAGAACUGGUACAAGGCAGAGCUAAAUGGAAAAGAUGGAUUCAUCCCCAAGAAUUACAUAGAGAUGAAAGCCCAUCCAUGGUUCUUCGGGAAGAUUCCUCGCGCCAAAGCGGAGGAGAUGCUAAACAAACAGAGGCACGACGGGGCUUUCCUCAUCAGAGAGAGCGAGAGUGCACCUGGGGACUUCUCCCUCUCCGUCAAGUUUGGAAACGAUGUCCAGCACUUCAAAGUUCUCCGUGACGGGGCUGGGAAGUAUUUCCUGUGGGUGGUCAAGUUUAACUCCCUCAACGAGUUGGUGGACUACCACCGCACCACCUCGGUGUCCCGUAAUCAGCAAAUCUUCCUGCGAGACAUAGAGCAGGUCCCCCAGCAUCCCACAUACGUGCAAGCUCUGUUCGACUUCGACCCUCAAGAGGAAGGAGAGCUGGGGUUCAGACGCGGCGAUUUCAUCCAGGUCCUGGAUAACUCUGACCCAAACUGGUGGAAAGGAGGCUGCCACGGCCAAACGGGCAUGUUCCCCCGCAACUACGUCACGCCUGUUAACCGGAACAUGUAAACACUCAGACCCUGUAAACAGCUACCACAGCAGCAUCCAUCACCACCACCACCACCAUUACCCAUCAUUGUUCUUGAUCUCAUCACCCCCUCCCCCGCACCCGACCCUCAACCAACCCCCUCCACCUUUCUUGGCCAUCCUACAGUAACAGGAAGAACGCAAACAACUGAACGAGAGAGAGAGAGAAAGAAAGCGGGAGUAGUGCCAUCGUAGGCGUCGCUCCGUGGGCGGCCCGCCGAGCGAAAAUCAACUCUUGAUUUGCGCCGAGAAUGUUCGCCUCCGUGUUUGAACGCCUCACCGAGGACUGAACUGUGUUUUGAGGGGAAGUCUAAAUGCAGAGAAACUAAAGCGUAGCGCACCGACCAUGAAGAUAACCAAAUGAUCCGACCGCUCCCACAGCUGCUUCUGUCUCAACUUCUUAACAUUCUGCCUUUCUUUUUUUGUUUUGUUUUGUUUUUCUUUCUUUGCAGCAUGAUGUUUUAAUCACUUUAAUGAAUUCCCUACCGAGAAAAAUCCUAACUCUUGUUUUAAAGAAAAAAAAAUAUAUAAAAAGAAUACAUUGUUUUAAAUAAAAAAAAAAAUGUGCAAACGCAAAAAAAAAAAGAGAAGUGAAGCGAUGCCAUCAUGAAUACAGCAAGUUUCCAUGUUAAAGACCAUUGGUAUGUGAGCCUCGAGCGCCAGCCGUCGGCUGUAUAAAUGAAUCAAGUAUAGAGAAUCCAUUUUUUAAGAAUAUAUAUUAUAUAUUUGUAUGUUUGUUUGUUUUACCUUUCAUCGCAAAUUAUGUUUUCCAUUUGUAAAUUAUGUAAAAUCUUCUGUUAGUCUGGGUAAGACCUCGUAGCGCUAGAAUGUGAUGAUUCAGUCAAGUUUUUGUCUUUUUUUUUUUUUUUUUUUCUUUUCUUCUGAAUCUGAUGUCUCUGAUAACACAGCGUGACAUUUAAGGCAUCACAAGUUCCAUUUUGACAAGGUUCGUCUUGUCCUUAAUGCAAGUCAACUCAGUUCUCUGAAGAAACCAGUCGGGAGGUUAACGUUGACCAGCGAGAAGAGCCAUGAAUGCUGCAGAAACCUUUUUACUAAGGAGCGCUACCUGUUUUUAAAAAGCCAAUUUUAUUUAUUGCAGCCGUUUUUCUUUUUGGCAGUGAAUGUAGCUGUAGACAAACAUGAGGGAAGCACGGUCAGAGAACUGAACCACACAACCACGCAAGGGAUUUAAAAACAAACCAAUAAAAAGAAGAUACGCUGAAAUAGUGACGUCAUCGAUAUUCACUUCCUACAACGGUGGAUGAGGAUAUGUACAGGUAGCUCACAUUUGUACUCCAACACGAUCAUUACAUGCAUGCAAACACAGACACUCUCCUCCUUGUUGUACCUGCACGAAGCAACGGGGCUGAGUUUGGAUAAUCACGCUUAGUAAUCAGCACCAGUGCAGAUCUGCAGCUGGCACGGAUGAACAGUUCAGAAAACUGAGAGAUUGUCUUUUAUGCUAAAAGCUGAGAGAUCAGGAGAAGUUGCGUAAUAAUUUGUUUUUGUUUUCUGUUUUUUUUUUUCUUUUGUCCAAAGUGGCGUGUGUCAAGCACUUUUUUUUUUUUUCUUGUCAGACAUUUUCAGUUUGGGUCUGGUCCAGUGUGUGUUUACCGUGUUUGUGUGUGUUUUUGUUUUGUUCUGGUUUCUGUUUCUCGUUCUCUCUGGAUAGUGCCUUUCUCUCUGGUGUUUCAGUGUCUCCGACCUGCUACUUUGAGCCCCUCCUCCCUGUUCCAGGCCUGCCGCUCCUGCAGUAGGAAAAACAGUGUAAAUUAUCAAAGAUGUCCCAUCUGGCAACCCACACCUUCCCCUCCCUCACUCCUCCCACAUCCACCCACUUCACCUUUGGUCUCACCAACAUGGAACUCUUCUUAUUUGUCUUUCGCCUUGUCUUACCUAAUGAUACUGUUUUUGUUUUUGCUCUUUUUUUUAUUUGCAUUUUUUUUUUUUUUUUUUUGGUUUUCAAUUAAUAAAAUGCAAUUAUUAAAAA